CCCAGGCUGGGCCCCGCUGGGGAGGGCGUUUGCCAACGUGUCGAGAUCGCCGUGUUGAAGAGGGGCCACAUCCCGGGCUGGCCCUCCGGCACGCCUGCUUCACCACCUGCUGCCUCAUCCUCUCUGCUCGCCUGCCCGCGCGCCCUGGCCAGCCUCUCCCUGCCUUUCAUGUCGCACCUCCUCCGUCUGUCGAGGCCGGCCUGGCUCACGCCGCGGUACCUCGUCGGGCUGCUUUGCCUCCUCGGGGUCAUCUGCCUCUGGGUGGGGGCCUCACUCCUGGUGCAGAAUAUCUUUGUGGAUGUCGGCUACAGCAAGCCCAUGUUUGUCACCUACCUGUCGACCGCCCUCUUCUCGGUCCACUGGCUGUUGAUGGGCAUCGAGCAUGUGUACCGUCGCCUCCGGAGCAAGUACUUCCCGGCCUCAGUCGAUCAGCAUCCUCCCCUGCUGGAUGACAGCGACGCCCCCCUGCUGGCCGAUGAUGCUCAUCUUCCAGGCCGCAGCUCCGACAGUGACUCGGAGCCCGAGCACAGCCCGCUUGUGGUCCCCGCCGCGUCGACCAACCUCAGUGAGAUUGACGACUCGAUGCCCGAGCCGAAGGCACUCCCCCCCGACGCGACAGCCGCCGUCCCGCCGAAGCUCACCAUGCGCGAGACUGCCCACCUGGCGAUUCUCUUCUGCCUCCUGUGGUUUGGGGCCAACUACACGGCCAAUGCUUCGCUGGCCUACACGUCCGUUUCCUCCUCGAUGAUUUUUUCCACCACCAGCGGAAUGUGGACCUUGCUCUUUGGGGCCCUGGCUCGCGUGGACUUCCUGAGCAUCGGCAAGUUCUCCAGUGUCCUGGCCGUUCUCGGGGGCGUGGUCAUGGUGGCACUGACCGACGCCUCGGGGGACACGUCGGGUUCCGGUUCUUCCGGCAGCGGGGCUCCCCUGCCGCCGAAUCCCCUUUUGGGUGAUCUGCUGGCCCUCGGCGGUGCCAUCCUCUAUGGGCUGUACAUCGUGCUGCUGAAGCUGCGCAUUGGCCACGAGGAGCGCAUGAACUCCCAGCUCUUCUUUGCUUUCGUUGGGCUCUUCAAUGUCCUGCUCUUGUGGCCUCUGCUUUUGAUCGCGCACUACACCGGGCUGGAGCCCUUCGAGCUGCCGCCCACCUCGCUGGUUUUCUGGGCCUUGAUUCUCAAUGGCCUGCUGGGGACCGUGGCGUCGGACUUCCUGUGGCUACGUGCCAUGCUGAUGACCUCACCCGUCAUCGUGACCCUCGGCCUGUCGCUCACCAUCCCCGGUGCCCUCCUGGCCGAGGCGCUGAUUGCCGCAUUCGGCGGCUCGGGAGUGUCCAUCCCCGACAGCUGGGUCUACUGGAUGGGCGUGGUGCUGGUGAUGAUUGGCUUUGUGGCAGUCAAUGCCAGCUCCAUCCUCGGUGCCAAGUACGACCCGACAGCCGGCGCGGCGCCGGCUCCGGCCAAGGCAGCAUCUCCGCCGGCGGCACGUGUCACCCCGGCCGCCGAAGAGGCGGCCCCGCGCCAGAUGCAGGGUCAGGCUCCCGCAAUCUCCGAAGCCCCGUCCGUGGUCACCGCCCAGUUCGUUCUGCUGGCCCCGGUGGCCGAGGUGGUCCGCCGGCUGCUCCCCUCCAAGCCACACACCGGGUGAUGUGUGGCGACCCUUCGGGUGUCCUCCAUCCCCCUCCCUUGCGUUUCGUGCAACCCAUACAUACGGUGAUUCCUUUGCUGCGCAGUUUU